AUGCAGGCUACCGCUUUGCUGAGUUCCCUUCUCACUCCCGCCAACAAGGCCGCUGCCGCCUCCAAGCACAAAUUCGUCGUCGACUACUCCAAGCCUGCCGCCGACGGCGUCUUCGACGGUGCUGACUUUGAAAAGUUCUUGCACGACCGUAUCAAGGUCGAGGGCAAGGCUGGUCAGCUUGGUGACAACGUCAAGAUCGUUCGCGAUGGCAACACCAAGAUCACCAUCACCGCCAACAUCCCCUUCUCCAAGAGGUACAUCAAGUACCUUACCAAAAAGUUCUUGAAGAAGAACAGUUUGCGGGACUGGAUCCGUGUUGUCGCUACCUCAAAAGACAACUACUCCCUCAAGUUCUACAACAUUGCUGCUGGUGACGAUGAGGAGGAUGACGAGUAAACUGUCUGUAGUGCACUGUACAUUAGAUGCUCGGGCCCACACUUCGAUAUACUUCGGUUUGCCUG